CGAUCAAAGACGCUUCAUCCUAAUCUUGUCUUCACCGCCAAAAAAAUGGCGUCGUCAUCAUCAAGAAAGUACGAGACACGAAAGCGAGUUCCAGAUCCACAAAACGCAGCUCUUCUCGUCAUCGACAUGCAGAAUCACUUCUCCUCCAUGGCCAAACCCAUCCUCAACGAAGCUAUCACCACCAUCGACCUCUGCCGACGAGCUUCCAUCCCCGUCUUCUUCUCACGCCAAAACCACAAGUCCCAGAACGACCACGGCAUGCUCGAAGAAUGGUGGAACGGCGAUCUAAUCCUCGACGGAACCACUGAUUCGGAGAUCAUCCCGGAGAUACACCGCCACGUCAUCGGACCAGACGAGAUCGUGGAGAAGAACACGUACAGCGCGUUUCAGAACACGCGGCUACAGGAAAAGCUGGAGAAGAUAGGGGUGAAGGAAGUGAUAGUAAUUGGAGUGAUGACGAACCUUUGCUGUGAGACGACGGCUCGUGACGCGUUCAUUAAGGGAUAUAGGGUUUUUUUCUCCACCGACGCGACUGCUACGGUUAAUGAAGAGCUUCACGAGGCUACGCUGAUGAAUCUCGCUUAUGGCUUCGCUUAUCUCGUAGACUGCGAUACACUCCGACGAGGUCUGUCUACUACACUCAGUACUUGCUAAAUGAUUACUACACCUUUUGUUACUUAGUACAUAUUGUUCUGUUUGUGUACUUUUGGUCCGCAUUGCUUUAGUCCAGUGUAGUCUCGUGAUGCUCUUCAUAACAAUAGUUCUGUUUGUGUUUUGUGUAGUUUAAUACUUAAUACAAUUUUUCCACCUUA